UAAUUUGGAGAGAAUGUGGGAAUGUCAAAAAUCCGAGCCACCCAAAUUUCCAAACCCAAAUUUAUCUAAUCAACAAACCCAGCAUUGCAAAAUCCCCCCAUUUUCGCGAAUCCCAACAACCCCCAACCACCCAACCCACCACGGCGGCUCUGAGAGUCCCCGCCGGAAACUCAGCUUUUCCGGCCGCCGGUGAACCAUGGCUGCUCCUGCUUCUGCUUCUUCGCCGCCGCCGCAGAAUUGGGUCUUCGAUUAUGAUCUGAUUGAGAGCAUCUCUGUUCCCGGUGGUGACUUGCCUUCUCUUGACCCGCCCGGUUUCUCUUGGGGCUCCGAUUCGUUUCCCGCUCCGACCGCCCCAAGCGUGGACUUUGAUGGCUCAUUUGGAAAUUCUGAGAUUAUGAAGGAAACUGGGUCGAACAAACGUGCGAGGUCCGGAUCGUGCAAUGUAUCUGGUUCUAAAGCCUGUAGAGAGAAAAUGCGGAGGGACAGACUGAAUGACAAGUUCCUGGAAUUGAGUUCUAUCCUUGAACCUGGAAGGCCACCUAAAACUGACAAAGCUGCUAUAUUGGUUGAUGCUGUUCGAAUGGUGAAUCAGUUGCGUGGGGAAGCCCAAAAUCUGAAGGAGUCGAGUGAGAGUCUGCAGGAGAAGAUAACUGAAUUGAAGGCUGAGAAGAACGAACUUCGUGAUGAGAAGCAGAGGCUAAAAGCAGAGAAAGAGAACCUUGAGCGGCAAAUUAAAGCCUUAGGUACACAACCGGGCUUCUUGCCUCACCCUGCUGCGAUUCCAGCUCCAUUUUCUGCCCCCGGCCAAGUUGUUGGCGGUAAACUGAUGCCGUUCAUGGGAUAUCCUGGAGUUUCUGGAUACCCUGGAGUGUCUAUGUGGCAGUUCAUGCCACAGGCUGCAGUUGAUACAUCACAAGAUCAUGUUCUCCGUCCCCCAGUUGCCUGAGAUGGUAGCUUUCAUUUAACAUUUGUCCGGUUGAAAAAAUGGUUCACUUUUUUUUAUUUUCCUAGCUGUGGAAAGUUUUUCAUAAGAUUUGAUUUAGUGGAUGACAAGGGAAGUGGAAACUUGAAUGCAUAGCUUUGGAUAAGUUGUACUUCUCAUCGAUCAAUUUCAUUAAUAUAAUUGUCAAUUUUGAGCUGUUAA